AUGGCGUUUGAUGAAGAAGACGUUUUUGUAGUCUUUAGAGUCCAGCGUUCUAAAUCUGUUCGAAUGUGUACACUUAUGUCGUUUAAUGGAGUUAAACAUCGUUCAUGAUAGUUUGUGUUUGGAUACGUUACGUACGUGCUAGCUUAGCGCUAGUUAGCUUAGCUUGCUAGCUGCUAACAAAGAGACUCGGGGGUUAUUAUAAAGAUCAAAUGUGAGUGUAAAGUGUCGUGAUUGUGUGAAAAUGUGCGAAGGAAUGAUAGCAGAGUACGAGGAGGAACUUUCUUCAACAAAACAACAUCAACUACUGGACGCUGUUCUCAAGAAACAUCAACUUGUCUUACUCAGUACAGACAUCCAUCAGCUGAUUGGACAUCAAGAAACAUGUCUCCCUCCUCUGCUGGGGGCCAGCUUCACUUUGGAGUGCGACUAUCCACAGCCCCCCCAUGUAAAAGAAGAAGCGGACCCACAGCCCCCUAAUAUUAAAGAGGAAAGGGAGGAUACACAGCAUCCCCAAGGUAUGGAAGAAGAGGAGCAUCUACAGUCUCCCUACAUUCAAGAAGAAGGGGAGAGAGAGUCUCUUCUAGGGCAGGAGGAGGCUGAUCUCACCAAGUUUCCACUGACUCUUGUCUCUGUAAAGACCGAAGACCAUGAAGAGAAACCACCUGAGUCCUCACGGCUUCAUCACAGUCCAAAUGUCUGUGAAGAACAUCUCCCUGAGCAGCAGGAGUGGACCUCCAGGAUGAAGCAGGAGGAGCCACAGCCCCCCCACAUCAAAGAGGAAGAGGUGGAGCCUCAAGACCCGCACAUUAAAGAAGAAGAGGAGGAACAUAGUAUCAGUCAAGAGGAAAAGCAUAUUGAAGAACUGGAGAAAGUUGAUGUCCCCAAGAUGCCAUUGACUGGUGUCACUGUGAAGAGUGAAGACGAGUUCAAAGACAUCCAUCAGCUGAUUGGACAUCAAGAAACAUGUCUCCCUCCUCUGCAGGGGGGCAGCUUCACUUUGGAGUGCGACUAUCCACAGCCCCCCCAUGUAAAAGAAGAAGAGGAUCCACAGUCCCCUAAAAUUAAAGAGGAAAAGGAGAAUACACAGCAUCCCCAAGGUAUGGAAGAAGAGGAGCAUCUGCAGUCCCCCUACAUUCACGAAGAAGGGGAGAGAGAGUGUCUUCUAGGACAGGAGGAGGCUGAUCUCACCAAGUUUCCACUGACUGGUGUCUCUGUAAAGACUGAAGACCAUGAAGAGAAACCACCUGAGUCCUCACAGCUUCAUCACAGUCCAAAUCUCCCUGAGCAGCAGGAGUGGACCUCCAGGAUGAAACAGGAGGAGCCACAGCCCCCCCACAUCAAAGAGGAAGAGGUGGAGCCUCAAGACCCGCACGUUAAAGAAGAAGAGGAGGAACAUAGCAUCAGUCAAGAGGAAAAGCAUAUUGAAGAACUGGAGAAAGUUGAUGUCCCCAAGAUGCCAUUGACUGGUGUCACUGUGAAGAGUGAAGACGAGUUCAAAGACAUCCAUCAGCUGAUUGGACAUCAAGAAACAUGUCUCCCUCCUCUGCAGGGGGGCAGCUUCACUUUGGAGUGCGACUAUCCUCAGCCCCCCCAUGUAAAAGAAAAAGAGGACCCACAGCCCCCUAAUAUUAAAGAGGAAAGGGAGGAUACACAGCAUCCCCAAGGUAUGGAAGAAGAGGAGCAUCUACAGUCCCCCUACAUUCAAGAAGAAGUGGAGAGAGAGUGUCUUCUUGGGCAGGAGGAGGCUGAUCUCACCAAGUUUCCACUGACUCUUGUCUCUGUGAAGACCGAAGACCAUGAAGAGAAACCACCUGAGUCCUCACAGCUUCAUCACAGUCCAAAUCUCCCUGAGCAGCAGGAGUGGACCUCCAGGAUGACGCAGGAGGAGCCACAGCCCCCCCACGUCAAAGAGGAAGAGGUAGAGCCUCAAGACCCGCACGUUAAAGAAGAAGAGGAGGAACAUAGCAUCAGUCAAGAGGAAAAGCAUAUUGAAGAACUGGAGAAAGUUGAUGUCCCCAAGAUGCCAUUGACUGGUGUCACUGUGAAGAGUGAAGACGAGUUCAAAGGUGAUGAUAAAGAUUCUAAAGAUCUCCCUGAGCAGCACGAGUGGACCUCCAGGAUGAAACAGGAGGAGCCACAGCCCCCCCACAUCAAAGAGGAAGAGGUGGAGCCUCAAGACCCGCACGUUAAAGAAGAAGAGGAGGAACAUAGCAUCAGUCAAGAAGAAAAGCAUAUUGAAGAACUGGAGAAAGUUGAUGUCCCCAAGAUGCCAUUGACUGGUGUCACUGUGAAGAGUGAAGACGAGUUCAAAGACAUCCAUCAGCUGAUUGGACAUCAAGAAACAUGUCUCCCUCCUCUGCAGGGGGGCAGCUUCACUUUGGAGUGCGACUAUCCUCAGCCCCCCCAUGUAAAAGAAAAAGAGGACCCACAGCCCCCUAAUAUUAAAGAGGAAAGGCAGGAUACACAGCAUCCCCAAGGUAUGGAAGAAGAGGAGCAUCUACAGUCCCCCUACAUUCAAGAAGAAGGGGAGAGAGAGUAUCUUCUUGGGCAGGAGGAGGCUGAUCUCACCAAGUUUCCACUGACUGGUGUCUCUGUAAAGACCGAAGACCAUGAAGAGAAACCACCUGAGUCCUCACAGCUUCAUCACAGUCCAAAUCUCCCUGAGCAGCAGGAGUGGACCUCCAGGAUGAAACAGGAGGAGCCACAGCCCCCCCACAUCAAAGAGGAAGAGGUGGAGCCUCAAGACCCGCACGUUAAAGAAGAAGAGGAGGAACAUAGCAUCAGUCAAGAAGAAAAGCAUAUUGAAGAACUGGAGAAAGUUGAUGUCCCCAAGAUGCCAUUGACUGGUGUCACUGUGAAGAGUGAAGACGAGUUCAAAGACAUCCAUCAGCUGAUUGGACAUCAAGAAACAUGUCUCCCUCCUCUGCAGGGGGGCAGCUUCACUUUGGAGUGCGACUAUCCACAGCCCCCCCAUGUAAAAGAAGAAGAGGAUCCACAGCCCCCUAAUAUUAAAGAGGAAAAGGAGGAUACACAGCAUCCCCAAGGUAUGGAAGAAGAGGAGCAUCUACAGUCCCCCUACAUUCAAGAAGAAGGGGAGCGAGAGUGUCUUCUUGGGCAGGAGGAGGCUGAUCUCACCAAGUUUCCACUGACUGGUGUCUCUGUAAAGACCGAAGACCAUGAAGAGAAACCACCUGAGUCCUCACGGCUUCAUCACAGUCCAAAUCUCCUUGAGCAGCAGGAGUGGACCUCCAGGAUGAAACAGGAGGAGCCACAGCCCCCCCACAUCAAAGAGGAAGAGGUGGAGCCUCAAGACCCGCACGUUAAAGAAGAAGAGGAGGAACAUAGCAUCAGUCAAGAGGAAAAGCAUAUUGAAGAACUGGAGAAAAAAGUUGAUGUCCCCAAGAUGCCAUUGACUGGUGUCACUGUGAAGAGUGAAGACGAGUUCAAAGGUGAUGAUAAAGAUUCUAAAGGUGAUAUUAAGACAUGUGACACUGACCACACACACUUUCAAUGCUCUCACUGUGACAAAACUUUUAAUCACCGAAAGAAUAUGAAAAGACACAUGAAAAUACACAGUCCGGAAAAACAUAUUUCCUGUUCAAUCUGUUGUAAAAGUUUUACACAAAAUGCUUAUCUGAAAAGACACAUGAAAAUACACAGUGGGGAAAAAGAUUUUUCCUGUUCAAUCUGUAGUAAAGGUUUUACACAAAGAGAUUUGAAAAUACACAUGAGAACACACACUGGAGAAAAACACAUUUCCUGUUCAAUCUGUGGUAAAAGUUUUACACAUAAUACUUAUCUGAAAAGACACAUGAAAAUACACAGUGGGGAAAAAGAUUUUCCCUGUUCAAUCUGUAGUAAAGGUUUCACACAAAAAGUUCAUUUGAAAAGACACAUGAGCACACACAGCGAGGAAAAAGAUUUCCCCUGUUCAAUCUGUGGUAAAGGUUUUACAGCAAAAUGUGAAUUGAGAAGACACAUGAGAACACACACUGGAGAAAAACCGUUUUCCUGUUCAAACUGCAAAAAAAGCUUUUCGGAACGGUCAACGCUCGCACAACACAUGAGAAUACACACUGGAGAAAAACCAUUCACUUGCUCAGUUUGCGAUAAAAGAUUUUCUGACAAGCAAAAUUUGAAAAGACACACAAAUAGACACACUGCUGAAAAUCCUUUCGCCUGUUUAAAAUGCAACAGAAGCUUUUCUGAACAAGCCAACCUUGCACUGCACAUGAGAAUACACAACGGAGAAAAACCUUUGAAGUGCUCUUACUGUGACAAAACGUUUCAAUACGGUUGUCAUCUGAAGAAGCACACAAGAGUACACACAGGCGAAAAACGGUUUGUCUGUUCAAUUUGCCGUGAGUGUUUUCCAGAGAAUGUAGAUUUUCAAAGACACAUGAGAACACACACUGGAGAAAAACCUUUCGUUUGCUCCGUUUGCGGCAAAGGAUUCUGUUUGAAGCAAGGUUUGAAAACACACUCAAGAAUACACACUGGUGAUAAACCUUAUACCUGUUCAAGGUGCAACAAAAGCUUCACUUUUCGAGCAAACCUUCUGGUACACAUGAGAAUACACACUGGAGAUAAACCAUUCAUGUGCUCAAUUUGCAAUAAAAGAUACAUCCGAAAGGAAGACUUGGUAAUACACACAAGAAGGCAUACUGGUGAAAAACCCUUUAUCUGUUCAGUGUGUGGUAGAGGUUUUGCACAACAUGCCAAUUUGAAAAAACACAUGAGAAUACACUCUGGAAAAAAACCAUAUUCCUGUUCAAGGUGCAACAAAGGUUUUACUGAACGACAAUCGCUUGUAAGACACUUGAGAACACACACAGGAGAGAAAGAACCGGAGUAAGAAACAGUGUGCUGGUGAGAACAGCAAAUGAAGCUGCAGGAUUUGAAAUAAACUGUCAUAAUGCUGACAUUCUAAUGACAUCACCACUUAUAUCAUGUGUGACACAAUCAUGUCAAUAUGCUUCAACCAUUUCUAGAUUACAUUUUCUUUGUUUUGUAUUUUACUUCCAGUCAAGUACUUGUGUUAUUAUUAGUUCUUCCUACUCCUUUUUUGGACA